UUGACCUUGCUAAUUAACAAUCAACUGGGUAAGUACUAUAAAAGGGGCUCGUUGCAAAAAUUAUGUAUCAGUCGAUCAAGUACACUUACAACAUGUUCUGCAAAAUCGUGGCAGUCAGCGCUGUUUUGGCGGUAGCAUCCGCUGGGCUUUUGCCCGUAGCGAACUAUGGCCACGGCAUCGCUGCAGCACCCAUUGCAUACAACGCCGCUCCCUUGGCUUACUCCGCCCCCGUCGCCUACGCCGCUCCAGCCCGCCUCUCCGGUCACGCCGCUGUUUCUUCCCAAAACAUCGUCCGUCACGACCAAGGCCAUAGAACUAUUGCCGUUGCCGCCCCAGUAGCAUACUCUGCCCCAGUUGCCUAUGCCGCUCCCCGUCUGUCCGGCCACGCUGUCUCUUCUCAGAACAUCGUGAGCCACAACCAGGGUUACGGCGCUAUCGGCUACGCUGCUCCUGCCCGUGUCGCUAUCGCCCACUCCGCCCCUGUCGUCCACGCCGCUCCCAUCGUACACGCCGCUCCCGCCCACGGUUACAUCGCCGCUCACCAGCCUGAACCCUAUGACGCUCACCCCAACUACGAGUUCUCGUACUCCGUCGCUGACGGCCACACCGGCGACAACAAGUCCCAGCACGAGAGUCGCGACGGUGACGUCGUACACGGCGAGUACUCCCUGGUCGAGGCUGACGGCUCCGUACGCAGGGUCGAGUACUCCGCCGACGCACACAGCGGCUUCAACGCCGUGGUCCACCGCUCCGCACCCUCCGUCCACGCUGCGCCCGUAGCCCAUGCCCCAGCACACAUUCUGGCUCAUCAUUCCAGCAAACGGGCACGCUCCGCAGCGUUGGUGGAGGUACUAAUAAGUUCCUCUCUUACCAGUCUGCAGAGCGGCUCAUCCCACUGUCUCUGGGAAAAUAUUUUUUUUGGCAAAUCAGUGCUCGGACAAGCUGUUUUCCAAGCAUUCAUGGGCUCGGUCUUAUACGACGCUUCAAAAUUAACAAGUGUGGAUGCUAAAAUUUUCCUGGUUAAUUCCUCCGAGGCGUGGACCGAGGACAAGAACGCUGGUGCUUUUGUUUUAAGCAAUGCAUCAGUUGCAUAUUCAACACAGAACAAGAUGUUCGCUAAGUCUUUGAUCUUGACCGCCGUUCUGGCCAUCGCCUCAGCAGGCCUUAUUGCCGAGCCUCAUUACUCUUCCGCUGCUGCAGUAUCCUCGCAAAACAUCGUACGUCAUGACCAACCCCGAGCGGUAGUUGCCGCUGCCCCUGUCGCCUACCACGCUUCCCCAGUCGCGUACCAAGCCCCAGUUGCAUACCGCUCCGCUCCAGUCGCGUACCAAGCCCCAGUUGCAUACCGCACUGCCCCAGUUGCGUACCGUGCCCCAGUAGCGUACUCCGCACCUGUAGCCCACUACGCUGCCCCUAGAAUUGUAUCUGCCGAGCACGAGGUCGACGCUCAUCCCCAAUAUGACUUCUCGUACUCCGUCGCUGACGGUCACACCGGCGAUAACAAGUCCCAGCACGAGAGCCGCGACGGUGACGUCGUUCACGGCGAGUACUCCCUGGUCGAGGCUGACGGUUCCGUACGCAGGGUAGAGUACACAGCCGAUGAUCACAAUGGCUUCAACGCGGUUGUCAGCAACUCAGCUCCCAACACUCAUGCUGCCCCAGCGCCCACUCAUGUGCUUGCUCACCAUUAAAUAAACUGACAAUCGUUAUUGUUAAUACCUAUUUAUUUGUCUGUGAAAUGUUUUUGUUAAAACUUAUUAAUUUAUAAUAUAUUAAUUAUCAAUGA